GCCCUCCACCACCUUUCACAGCACAGCACAACCACACUGAUUCAUAGCUUAGCCAACCACACGCCUCCCAGCUGCUAGCUCCCCCCGUCUUCUCUUCUUGAGCUCACACCGACCACUCACUCGGGCCAUGAUGAGCGGCGGCAGGAUGAACGCGGCUGCGAGCGACGACUUCCCGUUCGGGGCAAUGCAGCCGCCGCCCUACGUCGGCUUCGAGCACGCCGGCAUGGUCCAGGCCGGCGGCGGAGGAGGCCAGCGCCACCAGACCGCCAUGAUGUACGACAACUUCGACUUCGCGGCGGCCGCCGCCGCCUUCGGCCAGUUCCAGGAGACGCCGCACCAGCAGAUGCUUGCGCCGCCGCGGAACGGGAGCGGCGCCGGCGGGCUCCUCCCCAUGGCUCCGCCGCCCAUGCCCGGGAUGCAGCUGCAGAUGCCGCCCAUGACCAUGCACGGCCACGGCGACGUGUACCCGGCGCCCGGGAUGAUGAAGCGCGAGGGCGGCGGCGCGGGGGACGCAGGGAGGAUCGGGCUGAACCUCGGCCACCGGACCUACUUCUCCCCCGGUGACAUGCUGGCCGUGGACCGGAUGCUGAUGCGGUCCCGUCUCGGCGGCGUGUUCGGGCUGGGAUUCGGCCGCGCCCACCACCAGGCGCCUCGGUGCCAGGUGGAGGACUGCAAGGCGGACCUCUCGGGCGCCAAGCACUACCACCGGUGCCACAAGGUGUGCGAGUACCACGCCAAGGCCGCCCUCGUCUCUGCCGCCGGCAAGCAGCAGCGCUUCUGCCAGCAAUGUAGCAGGUUCCACCUGCUCACGGAGUUCGACGAGGCCAAGAGGAGCUGCCGGAGGCGGCUCGCAGAGCACAACCGUCGCCGGAGGAAGCCGGCGGCCGGCAGCACGACGGCGUCGUCCAAGGAUUCGGCUCCGCCUUCCAAGAAACCCAACGCCGGCGCCAUCUCCAGUUCCUACCCUGCCGACAACAACACGCUGAGCACGACGAAGUCGACCAUCUCCUCCAACACGAGCGCGAUCAGCUGCCUCCAGCAGGGCCAGGCCAGUGAGGUAGCGGCGACGAGGCCGACGGCGCUCACCCUCGGUGCGGCGCCGGAGAAGGACAACCAACAGCGGCAGCUCAGGAACGCCAUGCAGCUCCACCACCAUCAGGAGCAGCAACACUUCAUCACCUCCCUCUUGCGCAACAACAUCAAUAACAGCAACAUCCUGUCGUGUUCCUCGGUGAGCUCCAGCACGAUGCCCUCGGCGGCGGCGGCGGCCAAUGGCGAGGUCUCCGACCAGAACAACGACAACGCCAACAACAGCAUGCAUAUGUUUGAGGUGGACUUUAUGUAGAUGUUGAAUCUUGAGCAUUAGGCUUAACAUAAUUAUGAUCUAACAACUGUUAAAACACCACACUAAGAAUAUCACAUCUAAGCUCCUAACCCUUGGAUCUAACCUGUUGUAACUAUCGUGAAAGGUUUGAUUCUCGUCGCGCACAUCCCGCAUCGCUCGCCCGCACGUGGCUUUCACUCGGGCCGUUGCUUUUUCUUUUGUUUGCCCGUCUUGUUGCACCGGCGGCCUGUUCUUUUUUGUCGUUUUUGUAUUUUCUGGGCUGUGUUGUAACAAUUCAACAGGCCAUCCGUUUCUAUGUCCCCAUAUAUAUAAUGUACGUACGAUAUAGCACUCGUCGGUUCACAUCUCACUCUUUUCUGUCCCGUUCAUGAUUUUUUGUUAGUACGUGAAACACUUUUUGAAGUGUGCGGGCAUUUAUUAA